CAGUGUGCUCUCGUGAGGAGUGAAGAGCCUGUAAUCGGCAUUCCUCGGAGGGGACAUCUACACAGAUCAUCAGAACACUGAUGAUCAGUGUGCCCUGAUGAUCUGUGUAGCCCCAGCAGCGCCACCUGUCAGUGUCCAUCAGUGCCAGCUCUCAGUGCUCAUCCAUGCCACCUGCCAGUGCCCAUCAGUGCCACAUUUCAGUGCCCAUCAGUGCCACACCAAUGCCACAUAUCAGUGCCCAUCUGAGUGGCCUUUCAGUGUCACCCAUCAGUGCCAGUCAGUGCCACCUAUCAAUGUCAGUCAGUGCCACCUACCAGUGCUAGUCAGUGCCGCCUAUCAGUGUGCAUCAGUG